GGUAAGAAAGUCCCCAAAAUGAAACCUUCAUUUUGACCCUUGCGACAAACAAAACCCACUCAAAAGUCUGUGGGAGGGCAGAUUCUGAUUUUUUCCGUGACAUGUCCACUUUGAAUCUUCUUUCGUCAGAGACGUUUCCCAGGAAACAGAAGUGAGAAGUUGGAUCGAGAAACAAGAGAAGAAGAAGUCAGCGUCAAUGCUCGUUUGUCAAGACAUAACGCCAAGUUACCAGCAUGAAUGUGGAUUAUAUUGAAUAUGAAGACUACACUCCAGACAACGAAACUGAGAGCAAAACCACCACAACGGAUCUGCAGCCUUUCAAAAGUUAUCAAACUUCUUUGAAUCAUGUUCUGGUUGCAGUAAACAUCAUUAUUUCAGUUAUUGGCCUCGGAGGAAAUUCACUAGUCAUAUGGAUUUGUGGAUGGAAAAUGAAAAGAACGGUUAUCACCACCUGGUACAUCAGCCUGGCCAUUUCAGACUUUUUGUUCUGUGUUUUUUUGCCCCUGGAAGUCUUCUACAUGAUCACUUCACACUGGCCUUUCGGACUGGUGUUGUGCAAGUUCACUUCCUCUGCUCUGUUUCUCAAUAUGUACAGCUGUGUGUUCCUGUUAGUCUUGAUCAGCGCUGAUCGGUUUAUCAUGGUAUCAUUUCCUGUGUGGUCACAAAAUAAUCGGACAGUGCAGAAAGCAUUGGGAGUUGUUGUUCUCAUGUGGGUCCUUUCUGCACUGCUGACGUUGCCUUCACUGAUCUACAGACAAACAACAGUCCACGGCUCGGUGAUUCAGUGCCACACCAGCUACAUGGGCCCCUCCAGACACAAGGCUGUGGUGCUGACUCGCUUCAUCUGCGGAUUUCUUAUUCCUUUCCUAAUAAUUGUGUUCUGCUGCUCAGUGCUGUGUGUAAAGCUGAAAAGUUUGACCAUGAAGUCAACAAAGCCUUACAAAGUCAUGGCAGCGCUCACCGUGUCAUUUUUCUUCUGCUGGGUCCCCUAUCAUAGCUUUGUUCUUUUAGAGUCGGACUUGAUGAACCACAACCUUGAAGUUCUUCAAAUUGGCCUGAAGGUGGGGGCAACUCUUGCUGCAGCAAACAGCUUCAUAUCCCCAGCACUCUAUGUUUUUAUUGGCAAUAACUUUAAAAAAACCCUGAAGAGGUCUUUGACAUUGAGAAUAGAGGAGGCAAUGGCGGAAGAUUUCCGUACAGUUGGUCUCAAUCACUCAAGGUCUAAGUCAAUGGAAAUUAUCUAAAAUCAGGUUGAAACCUUUGUCAUCGAUGACAUCAAUGAACAUGAUUAUAGCUGGGUGAAUUGUCAAUAAUCUUUUAUUGCAUGUUUUAUCUCAGUAUACUGAUGCAUGUAUAUAAAAAGUAAAGUAUGAAAUGAAUGAGGUUUGUUGUUUACUUUUGUCAUAGAAAUGUUAAUGAGCCCCAAUACCCCUGGUUGGCAUGUCUAAUGAUGUAGAGGUGUUUUUCUAUGUUGCUUGGGAAAAAACUGCUAACUAAACUGAAUGAAAUAAAAUGUAAAUCUUAUAAAUCA